UGGAAAGUUGUGCAGGGAAGCCGAAUAGUGACGGCAACCCAGGCCAAUUUGGUGGUCACUGUAUCGCGUAAAUGGUCGAGGUUCCCGUCCGUGGACCGCAGCGUGGUGGGCACGGAGGAAGCACGGCGGAUAGUCGAUCCACGACGGACAGAGGUUGGUGCUGGUGAUUGCCAUGUUCAGCUUCCACAAGCCGAAGAUCUACCGCUCGGCACUGGGCUGCUGCAUCUGCAGAGCAAAGUCCUCUUCUUCCCGUUUUACGGACUCGAAGAAGUACGAGCCCGAGUUUGCGCGGUGCUUCCGCAUCGUGGACGACAAGCGUUCAGGUGAAAUUUGCAAUGCCUGUGUACUGCUCGUCAAGCGCUGGAAGAAACUACCUCCGGGCACCACCCGCGACUGGCACCACGUCGUAGAUGCCCGAGCGGGACCAGGCACUAAGUCUGUCAACAAGGGCAAGGUGAAGUCCCCAAAGCGUCCUCUCAAGAAGCACCGCUUAACGGCGGAGAAGCGCUGCAAGUUGGACUUGGGAGGAGGUGCCCUCUCGGACGAUAUCACCAUUGGAGACGACAGCCUGAGCGAAUCGUCUAACCUGUCGCCACCAGAGAGCCGCGCCGCUAGCCCGACACCGAGCAAUUCGUCCGAGGACUCUGGCAUUCUCGACGAAGAGGACGACGACGAUCAGGGAUCGUCGCAGAGGUGCAGCAAGAAGGCCAAGAAGAAGAAGCUGAAACAACGCGGCUCUGGACGUCAGGACCGCUACAACUCUCAGCAGCAGCGCUCAAGGGAUCGGGCCGCUUCGUUCAAAAUUUCCUCCUUCCUCGACAUGAGCUUUUGGAGAAAAGAGAAAGUUUGCUGUGGUAUCAUCUUCAAGGGUCCACACGGUGAAGUGCUCAUCUACCCCAAGCUGCUACGACCCUGUCGGUGCCGACGUCUCAACAGCAACCGCCCUUCAUCCCCGUCGAACAACGUAGAUCCGCAGACUCCCACCAGUAUGACCGCGACGGCUGCCACAAAAGUUGGACCUAUGUCAACUUCCGCCACCGGUGGCGCCGACGUAGCGGCGGCGCUCCUCUUCCCCACACCGGAGGUGUCGGACAGCAACCUGAGCAGCCCCGAGGGCUUUGCAGGGGGAACUUCUCCCUACGGCAGCGGUGAUUAACGCUGGCUGUUUACUUAGGCCUGUAAAUUCUUUUAUUUAUUAUGUAACUUAUUUGUGUUCUUUCAGUCAACAUACUUUCGUUUUUUUUUUUUUUCUCCCCUUUCAUUUCUCAGUUUGAGGGCCUCUCGCAGGUUUGUCUGUGUGGUUCAGCUUUGAGGGUCGAGAUUGGAUACACGUGGCUGAAUAUGCAAAUAUUAUGUCUUUUUUUUUUUUCUUCUUCUUCUUUCUUUUCUCUCUCGAAAGGUACUGCCUGCUGAAUGUGGCUAUCUGAAAAACUUCCAAAAAUUGAAGCGGGAUAGUUCAGUGGCAUCGAAACAAAUCGCCCUUACAGUGGAUGCCACUUUUGUUCUAAAGCGGCUUAUUGUUACCUUUUUGCGUUUCUUCAUCGGACGACAUCCCAAAUAUGCUGGUGUCACAUGUGUGACAGUGCUCUUGCAUGUGGUGCGUAUUUUGUAUCGUUAAAUUAUAGCAUUUUUGUACACAAGACUUCAAUCUGGGCAUCAAAGAUUAACCAUGCUUCAUCCUUGUGCCUCAGCCAAAUUGGCCUGCAGUUUUUGAAUGUUACAAGAAUUUUACGGAAUCACUCAUAUUUAGCUUGUAUCAGGCACUUUUGAUGAUCAUCAUUUUAUCUAUGUAUUUUAUGUCGCGUCUGUUCUCUGUUUGACAUUGUGCUGGUUUCCAGGGGUCUGCAGCACAUCGAAGUUAAUCUCCAUGCUGUAAGAUGUUUGACAUGCAAAAAUGCUAGUGCUUCAAAAACAGCGUGCAGUCAGUAGCUACCCUGGUAUCAGUGAUUAUUAAUAUGACAAAUUUUUCUAGUACUCACUAUUGAACCACUCUAUCUGUAAAAAUCAGUGUAAUAGCAUUCGUUUCAGAGAGUUCUCAUCCAUACCCCCUUGAUUCUUUGAGGAACAAUUCCUUAGAACAAUUACGAUUUGAAUAACAAUUCCUCGCACUAUUGGUUUCCUUGCACCAGUGCAGUGCCAUUUGCUUGACUCACCAGUGUUGCAAAACAAGCAUAGUGUAUUCUUUUUUCAGUGGAAUAUUUAGCCUACUAAUUCGUGAAUCUCUAAAUCACACACAUUCUUGCUCUAUGACAUUCCACCUUGCUUGCAUUUUUUUUUUACCAAGAGCGCUACCAAAUAUGGCAUUGUCAUCCACCCUACUUUCACCAAUAUUCAUCGAGACUUUUUCGGCAGGAAGUCGACAGUUUGACGUGUUCGACGGUUCGAAUUGGAUACCAGUAUUAUGUUUGUCUCAGCAUGAAAUGGGGGCCCUAUGCAUUACAGUAGUGAGGCGUCAGCAUGUAGCAGUGUUUAUACAUCAGCUGUAGUACCAUUGAUCGAUUGAAACUGACUGUAUCAUCAAUCUUUUCUCUCCCUUUCAUUCUCUCAUUAAGAUGCUGUCUUUCUUUCAUCGCUUCGUUUUCUUGUAAAUAUCAGUACAAGGCUUGAGUUGACAGUCACCCUUGCACUUCUUGUCUUACCAUUGUCACUGUGUUAGCAUGUGAAAUUUUAUUUUGUUCUGUGUGCUCUGUGUUCUUUUCCUGUAAGCAUUGUCAUAAUACCGAAGGCAUUUUGCUCACUUGGGCUGUCCUGGGAGCAAGUGUGAUAAUGUACCCCCCCCCCCCCUUUCCUGACUUUCAUGGCCGAAGACUCUAUAUGGAUGUGUGCGUGUUAAGAUUUUUGUUUUACAUUUCGGUUGUGCUCGAGUCUUCAAUGAAUUUUCAGUGACUGGUUGGUGCAUCUCCAAACUCAGAUGAUUAGUGCAUCUCUCUGUUGUAUCUCGUUCUAUAAAUCAAAAGGGAUUAAUAGCGCUCCCAGUUUUAUACAUCACGUCGUCGGCUAUACGUCAUUACGUCGUCUCCAGAGUGUGUAUUAUGUGAGGCGUUGGCGCAACUCCAAUUGCUCAUUAUUGAAUAUGCACAAACGACAUCCUAUUGCAUCUUGAUACCUGACCGAAGAUGUCACCAGAGCAAUAUCCUGCAAAGAAAAUCCAUCAUUGCACUUGUACAGCAGAAGCUCCGAACAUUCACAGUGUGAAUUCACCUUGAAUCGUAGCAAGCUGUUUCAAUUCAGACAAAGAAAAAAAAAAAAUCUUGGCAAGGGUCAACUAUGCUUACACCGACGUGACAGGGCCUCAACGCCGGACAUUUUUACAUUUUUGAUAUGUCUAGUCAAGUACAGUACACUAGCACAUUUUCUUAUUUACCAUCCCAUCAUUUUGUGUGAUUUGUGUUGUUGUACUGUGUGUGUGCUCGCACAUGUUUAUACGCAGGUGGGGUAAUUCAGUGAAACCUUGAGCAGGCUCUGAGCUUGUGAAACUAGCGUGGAAACAUGAACGGAAACUGACUGGGCACAAAAAGAAAAACGGAGCCGCCUGACUAAGAGCAAAAAGAUGUUGAUUGUGGUACGUUGAGAACCUGCAUGGCAGUUUUCGCAUUGUUACGCGCCACAGAAUGGAUCUUGCCCAUCGAGAAAAGAUGUUGGAGAACAGUGGAGUUGUUUUGGAGUGUUAUGCUGUUGUUAGUUGUGGGAUGUACAGCUGUAAACAGUGUAAAUAUGAAUAAGAGAGUGUUACAGAGCAACAUGGGAACGAAGGAUACACUCCAUUGUUGUGUCUGGGCUACAUUUUCCUCUUGUUUUGCUUUUUUACUCUUAUUAUUGAUGGAUUUUUUCCUUUUCUGCGCAUGCGUUCUCUCUUUGUUUAUCGUGAGUAACAAUCCUUAAGAGGGUUAAUACAUCUGUAAUUAAGUUGUCGUCGGUGAUGCCCGUAGCUUUAUUUCGUAACCGUCGUAACCUUAUACAGUUGACUUUGUUACAUAAAUGUACUUGAGGACUUGAUUGAUUCAUAAACAUGAGCUCUAUUUUCUUUCAUCUAAUGUUGGCAUUUGGAGCUGCUGACCAAAGUUUACCUGAUGUAUUUUAUUAUCAUUGGUAUCGCGCUAAUCACAUUUAUGUCCAUCAGUCACCCCAUAUUGUGCAUCAAUGCCAUACAUAUUAAGUUUUACCAACUUUUGCUCAAGCAUUUUUGCAGUUCUUACGUCCGCUAUUAUUUUCUGCCCAGCGGAAGCUGACAAACGCUUGCUCUGGAAAGACAUCAAACGCACGAACAACGGAGAAACUGGUGUAAAUUUGGAACAGUUAAGAGUGGCCAUUUGGAACUUCUUACACAAUGACCAAAUUUGCUGUCUUAUUUAUUUUAUUUUUUUUUUUUGUACUAGCUUUGCACUCAAGUUUGUCUGCAGAUGCUAUCGGAACAACGCACGCAGAAUCGAAACCGACCUUUUUCUCCGCAGUUUGCUGCCAUGUAUGUUGGGCCAUGAGGCGAAAUGAAACUGUAUCGAUGUUGUAGCAAGCCCACGUGUGUUGUCUCUGAAGCGACAAAGCAUUGCUACGCUUUGUCAUGCACAUCCUUGCUGUGAGUCAUGAAGGGAAAAGGAUACCUGUAUGGCGCAGUGAUACUGUUGGCAUUUGUUGUGAGCUAGUCUGGGCAUCACUGCCAUUUUUUAAAAACUAUAAACAUAUACACUAUUAUCUACUUGUAUGUGCAAGUCUGUAGCGCGUGUAUCUUACCAUCUCCCAACCUGAUUUGAGCUGCCGUACGGGCAAAUUUCCAUAGACUGAAGGAGUGCUGCUCACUAGAGUACAUCUUUAGACAAGAGUCUCUGUGGAUAGUGGUACGGUUUACUGCUAAUGGUGUGCGAGUACACGUUUUUCAUUCUGGUACUCAAGCACCUCGCACUAGAUUGGGAGCACUUUGAGCAAAGACAGCGCAGAUGCUACCACAGCAGCGGGCGUGUGUUGAAAUUUCGUUGCAUGCAGCAACAGUUUUCCUGAUAAACAUGGAACUGCUUCAGAGCAUAUGCAAUUAAAAUGAGAUCUGAAAGGCAUCAACAUAAAAUGAAGUUAACUGUCAAGAUUAAGCAAAAUUUUAUUCUUUUGAGGCUACAAUUUUCGAGUACGAGCGACAGUUCAAUCUUGCAAGGUGCAUCAAAAUCUGUGAGCGUGCUCCUGUUAACAAGGCAUCAGGUUGUGUAACAGCUGUGGUUUAUUGUUGUGCAGAAAUAUUUGUUGUCAUUUUGCGCUGUUGCCUAGCUCUAUUUGUUCCACAAUGUGUAAUCCAUACCUAUUACCUUACUUUUGCAUUUACACAUCCUUGUACUUAAGCACGUGAGAGCAGCGUUGAGUCCGCAGUCCUUUUUUUGUUAUCCCCGAAGAUAUUUACGUAGGUUCGCGACAGUAUUCAUCCAGUCCCACAGCACCUUUUUUUUUUUGUUCCUGUGCUUAUUAUGGUUUAUUCUAUAGUAAUAUAUUGAUGUCAGUAUAUAUGUAUAAGAGCCAUAAUACACAGCAUUAUAUCCUG